GUUGAAGAUCACUCAGGUCGGAAAGCUCGACAAGCGUCCCCUCGAAGCUCCAAGAGACCACUCCCGAGUACUUGCGCUAAAGAAUAAGCUUCGCCAAAGGCCCGCCAGAGCGCCCACUUCACUGCUGGAACCAGCGCCAUUGGACUCCCGAAGACACCAUGAGUUUUGGCUCCUUGCUUCGCUGUCCUUCAUCUUUGCAGUGGCUUUGCAGCCAGGUGAAGGAUCGGGAAUGGAACCUUGCUUUCUGAAAGGCGUGAGAAAGUGCGUCAAUUCUGCAGGUGAUUGCCAAGGGUCUAUUGCACGAGGCUUUGAUUGCAAGAAUGACCAGAUAUGCUGUGUUAUGAGAGGAGUUAAAAAUGGUAUGAACACAUGCGAGAGAAAGGCCUCCAGGACUUGUGUCAGUUCAAAACGAGAGUGCAACGGUGUCAUCAAAAGAAAGUUCACUUGCGACGGGAACGAUAUAUGUUGCGCACAGAAACCGACGACGGUGGCACCGCGAGGAUUAUCAGCCACAGAUGUGAAGCCGAAGCCACAAGAUUCAGAAUCAGACGAUCUGGAACACAACAAGGGAAGGAGACCGACCUCUUUGCCCAAGGCCGGACCCAGGGAGGCACCUGGAAAUACUAAUGGAUGUCCACCAGGUCAGCCCUGUACGAACAUGAAUGGAAACUGUGUGAUAAGGGAAAAUAGUACAUGCGUAUGGCCAAUGGUAUUCCGGAUCAAAAUACUGCCUCUAUGCCCCCAACUGCGCUUGUUGUGUCCCAAAGAACCCCUGCCCACCUACGAAAAAAAAUGCACCAAAAGGAAGGAACAUGCCAACCAACGUCCUACAUCUGCAAUGGAAAAACAUUCCCGAUCUGCAAAGGAAAUGACUGUGUCUGCUGUGUUCCAAAUCGCUGCAUAAAUAAGAUAAAAUGCACCGAUAACAACGGAAUUUGUCAACCAAGGUCCUACUCCUGCUAUGGACAUAUAAUCCGAACGCCUGCAAAAAGAACCCCCAAAACUGUGUCUGCUGCGCUUCGAACUUCACAACGUCUGUGCCACCUACAACAACGGUUUCGACCAUAACUAAGGAAGCACAAACAACAACAAAGGCUCCGAUAACCACCACACAUGCUCCAACAACAACUGUAGCACCUCCAACAACCGUUGCACAGGCUCCAACAACAGCUGCAGCACCUCCAACAACCGCUGCUCAGGCUCCAACAACCGCUGCACAGGCAACAGCUGCAGCACCUCCAGCAACCGCUGCACAGGCUCCAACAACAGCUGCAGCUCCUCCAACAACUACCUACUUGAUGCCCGGCGGAAAAUGAGAAUCGUUCACUUGCUCUUUAAUGAUAGCCAAUUUUUAA